AUGCUAAAUAUUACUCAAGCAUUAAGAGACAGUGUUUCAAUUGCUUUUUAGAAAGCCUUUGCUCGUCAUCAUGACAUCUAAAUCCUAUUUCAAAACUUAAAGUAUUCAACGACAUGUCCAGCCACAUUCUCAGAGUAUUAUAAGUCCAAUUAUGUAAACUCACUUUCAAAUCAUGUUAGUAAAAAGAAUGGAAAGAAACUCUGCUCCCAAAGGAUGUGGCUCAUGAAAUUUUGGUUCACUUUUAAUCUCCAACUUGGAAUCAAUUCAAAUUGGUUUCGAAUAUUGAAGUCACUCAAUUAGGACAUCUGCAAUUUCAAAUCAAUAAAUAAUAUUAUGAGCAUCUAAUAAAAUAGAUUGAAACUGCUCCUUGGCCAAAUCUUACUCCUAUUUACAAAACUACCAAUAUUUAUGGUCCAUUUAUUAACUUGAAUGGUUCAUUGAAUAAAACAGAGUACUUUCUCUAUAUUAUGUAGUUUGAGAGGACUUCAUAUUUAGAAUAGAUUAUAUUGUAUCUUGUCUAAAUUAAGUGAAAAUUGCAAUAAAUUUAAUAAUAUUACUAAUUAAAUUAGUAAGAAUGAUUAUUUAAUUCUUCCAGCUAAAGUAAUUAGAUUUUAUGAUUAGAUUGUUUGCUAAUCCAUUCAAUCCAUUUCAUUGGGGGUACAAUUAAGUCUUGAAUGAGUCACUUCAUUUUGAUUGCAAAGAUCCUAUAACUCCGCUAUAUGGCAUUGAUGACGUAGAACCAUUGAUUCCAAGUGUUGAAUUACUUGCUCAUUUUCCUUAAGUCUUAGUUGAGUGUUUAGAAACUAAGUCUUUUAAACAAUUAUACUAAUUUGAGUUAACG